AUGAAGAUCUUCAACUUUCUCUGUCUUGCUGCCAUUGUAGCGUCCACUGGCGCCUUCACACAACAUCCGACCGCGAGGCGAACAGCUUUGGUGAAGCCAUCAGAGCCACUUUUCUUGAGUACAAGAACGGACACCAAGACCGAAAUAGAUGUCAGUGAAAUUGGUGAAGGAAAUCCUUGGACCGAUGGAAAUCAGCUGCAAAAGGGAUUUUCCUACGGCGAAUUUGCGAAAAAUAAUCCUAAUAUAAACAACCUCAUGAUUGCAACGGCCAAAACUGCCAGUGCCGACUUUAUUGCACAAACUGUGAUCGCACAACAACCCAUUUCUGAAGUCGAUUUGGGCAGAACUUUGGUUUUCUGUAUGUAUGGAUUCUUUUAUCUCGGUGCUUUUCAGUAUUGGUAUCAAGUCAACAUAUUCAAGAAGCUGUUUGACGUUGACAAGUUCACGAACCUAAGUCUUGAAGAGAAGCUGAAGGACAUUCCAGGGCUGAAAUCAUUGAGUGCACAAAUUGGAAUUGAUCUGAUGUUCAUUCUAUUCGUAAAUUUGCCAACCUUUUACAUCUUUAAGGCAGUGAUUCAAAGUGGUUCAGGUGAUCCGUCGAUUUGGGUUUCGUCAGGACUUGAUACAUACCAAGCAAGCUUAUACAAGGAUGCGUUUGAUGUUUUUAGAGUUUGGUUUCCAGCGGAUUUUGUCUGCUUUUCAGUUCCCCUCUAUCUCCGACUUCCAGUCCGACACGGAGUGAGCUUUUUUUGGACAAUGUACCUGUCUUUCACCAGAGGGGGGCAUUAA